GACGUCAGCAAGGCAAUGGCGCUGGCAGACGAGGCUUGGUACCAUGGUGGUGAAGGAGACCCUGAGUGCUCCCUAGGCAUUGAAGGUUCUAUGGGCCUUGGAGGCAAGGCGCCAAGGGUGCGCCUAGGUUACAAGGAUAGGCAAAGGCGCCAUGGGCAAGACCCCAUGGUCGCCGCUGAUCGUGAGGCACCAUAA